GACCUGGUGGAGAACGAGCGAACGAGGGAGCGGGCGAUCGCGCGUACAAGGGCCACAGCGGAACGAUGGAACAACUCACCGCCUUCGUGUCCCAAUCUUUCGAUCGCCCCAGUCCCUCGGGUGGGGAAGGUGCGGAUGGCGGACCCAAGCGGGACCCACUCAGCUUCCGCCAAGUUCUGGAGCCUGGCCUGGCGGACCGCAGCGACGACGGCGGCACCGGACGCUGCGCGCUGCGGCUGUUCAAGGACCCGGCGGACGACGACGGACACAAGGACCGAAGCCGGGACCCUGGCGCGUCCAGGGGCGCCCCCGAAGGCGCCCUGAAGGCCGAAGAGGAGGAGGAGGAGGAAGGCGGCGGGGGCGGGGCCCGGCUGAAGCCGCGGCGAAGCCGCACGAACUUCUCACUGGAGCAGCUGCAGGCGCUGGAGCGCCUGUUCGAAGAGACGCACUACCCAGACGCGUUCAUGCGCGAGGAGCUCAGCCAGCGCUUGGGGCUCUCGGAGGCCCGCGUCCAGGUCUGGUUUCAGAACCGCAGAGCCAAGUGCCGGAAGCAGGAGAACCAGAUGCACAAAGGAGUGUUGCUGGGGCCUGCCAAUCACCUGGACGCUUGCCGCGUGGCUCCAUACGUCAACAUGGGCGCCCGGACGUGCGUCAUUCCUUUGCUACAGGUGCAAGCCCAGCUGCAGCUGGAAGGCGUGGCCGCGCACGCGCACCUGCACCCGCACCUGGCGGCGGCGGCGGCGGCGGCGGCGGCGGCGCACGCGCCCUACCUCGUGUUCCCGCCGCCGCCGCCCGCGUUCGGGCUGCCCCUCGCCGCCUCGCUCGCCGACUCCGCGGCCGCCGCGAGCAGCACCAAGAGCUCCAGCAUCGCCGACCUGCGGCUCAAGGCGCGCAAGCACGCCGAGGCCCUCGGCCUCUGACCCCUGCCCAGGGUGCGGGGUCCCUGAGACCAGGGGAGGGAUCUUUGUACGCGGCGUGUGGGGGGAGGCAGGGCUGGGGUGGAGCAUGUGCAUCCUGGCACCGGACAUUGCGCAAGCGCGCGGGCCCGAACCGAACUCGGAACCAACCGCGGGAUCCCGACCGGAGGGUCCCCCCGACAGCCCUCCGUGACGCGCGGGCCUUGUGCGCGGUGCCGAGACGGCGCGCGUGGGUUGCUGGGUCCCUCUGAGCACUCAGGUGAGCGCAGGUGCGGCCCGGCCCGGCCCGGAGCGCACUGGGACACUUGGCUGGCUCCAGGGCUCACCCACGUGUUGCCUUUUGCAGGUGCGCCCAGGUGUGUGUGUGUGUCUUUUUUUGCAGGGUGGGGUUAAGGGAGGGGAGAUUGGGACUCGGACCCAGUUGAGUGACAGGGGGCGCGCGUGAUUGGCAGGUGCCAGGGGCAGGCAAGUGCAAUAUUGUACAUAGGAGAGUUUUUUCUUUAAAAAAAAAAAAAACAA